GGGAGGGCCAACCCAGAGGCAGCCGAGCUCAUUUCUCCGGUCACACCAGGCGAUGCAGAGCAAUCACCGUCUGCUGGUUCCGAUGAAAACAAGUCCAGCGUAACUCGGGCUUCUCAUCCUCUAACGUGCGCUGAAUUCCGGUAUCUUCCAGAUCGACUCGGUGCUGUCAGACAUCCUGCCGGUCGGGCGGCGGGAAGGGGAACUCUGCUGAGUCUGACACAGUGAACACACACUGAGGGAGGAAGAUGUUGAUGAAGGAGUACAGGAUAUGCAUGCCCCUCACCGUGGAGGAGUACCGGAUCGGGCAGCUGUACAUGAUCAGUAAACACAGCCAUGAGCAGAGCGAUAGAGGAGAAGGGGUGGAGGUGGUCCAGAACGAACCCUUUGAAGACCCAGUUCAUGGCCAAGGACAGUUCACAGAGAAACGAGUCUACCUCAACAGUAAAUUACCCAGCUGGGCUCGAGCAGUGGUCCCUAAAAUCUUUUAUGUGACAGAAAAAGCCUGGAACUAUUACCCGUACACCAUAACAGAAUAUACAUGCUCAUUCCUGCCCAAGUUCUCCAUUCACAUAGAGACGAAAUAUGAGGACAACAAAGGAAGCAACGACAAUAUCUUUGAUACAGAGCUGAAGGACCAGGAGAGGGAGGUGUGCUUCGUCGACAUCGCCUACGAUGAAAUCCCCGAGCGCUACUAUAAAGAGUCUGAGGACUUGCGAUAUUUCCAGUCAGAAAAGACAAAGCGGGGUGUACUGCAGGAAGGCUGGAGGGACACACAGGACCCCAUCAUGUGCUCCUACAAACUGGUUACAGUCAAGUUUGAAGUGUGGGGUCUGCAGACACGAGUGGAGCAGUUUGUACACAAGGUGGUCAGAGACGUGCUGCUGCUCGGACACAGGCAGGCAUUUGCUUGGGUUGACGAGUGGAUAGACAUGACGAUGGAUGAGGUGAGAGAGUUUGAGCGCUAUAUCCAGGAGGCCACCAACCAGAAGAUUGGGGUGUUUCCCCCAUCGAUCUCCAUAAGCGAGACGCCCCUGUCCUCCUGCGCUCUAACCGGCCCCGCCAGCGCUCCCUCAACCCCAAUGUGCACGGAUGCUCCAGAAUCCCUGUCCGUUCCCAAAGACCGGCCUCGCAAAAAGUCUGCCCCCGAAACACUGACCCUUCCGGAGCCCCCUUCCAGCGAGGCGGCACAGAGCUCUGAUCUGAACCAGUUACCCAUUUCCAACCAUAUCCAGUCAUCCACUCCGCCUUCUGACUCUGAUCUCGCUGAAACAUGCGAGCAGUAGAACAGAGGAAUGUCUUCCCCUAACCCCUGUUUAAUCCUUAUCUUCUCUACCCUGUGUCUUAUGAGCCCAGUGAGGCUACUCUUGCCUCCAAGCACCAGUGCCCUAACACUCGACUAAUUUAGCCAUAUCCAACAAUUCACCAUAAUCUUUAAACACACCAAUCACUCUAGAAGUCUUCAUUAUUGCCAUCCAGGCAGCUGUUGGCUCGCCCCCCUGAUGGGGGCGGAGUGCCAGUCAAGCGAGCCAGAUGUCAGAUCUUUUCUAACAAACACAUUUAGUGUCGAUGGAAAGCGAAGGUUUUUUUUUUUUGCUCAGCGGCAGUUCUUUGUGUGAAUAAAUUCUUUUCAUCGUG